CUGUGACUUAAUAUUUCCUUAGAUUUUCGGCUUUCUCAAUUUUUGCACAUUUGCAUAAAACACGCGGGCGAUGGCGGCAGCUUUUGGAAGCUCCCCGAGUAAAUACAAACUGGAUCGAUGGUUUGUGAAGAGAUUUUGGCGAUGUUGGAAAGUUAUGACUCCAAGCUGCUCUUCUACGACCUUUCUUCUUUUUGUGCUCUUGGUGGGGUUCGCUUUGGCAGCUCAAAUGAUGGUUUACAACACUGGGUUAAUACCAAGCAGAUUUUAUGAAGUUCUUUUAGCCAGAGAUAAAGAGGACUUUUCAAGUCUUUUGAUAUCAUCUCUUCUGAUAAUCAUUGGUGUUUCACUGGCAAACAGUGCAAUGAAAUUUGUCUCAAGAAUUCUUUAUGUCAAAUGGAGAGAGUUACUUUGUAGGAAACUUCAUGCAGGCUAUUUUAAGCAUAGGGCUUAUUAUAAACUGAAUGUCCUAGAUGACAAAUAUGACAACAUAGAUCAGAGGAUUACCCAGGAUGUGGAAAGAUUUUGCGAAACAUUUAGAAAAGUGAUCAUUGUUGUUGUGGUUUCCCCUUUCACCAUUACAUAUUACACAUACCUGUGCUAUCAGAGUUCAGGAUAUCUUGGUCCAGUGUCCAUAUACGCCUUCUUUGUUGUUGGAACAAUAAUAAACAAAUUAGUAAUGUCACCAAUUGUUAACCUGGUUGUGAAGCAAGAGAAGCUUGAAGGAGACUUUAGGUUCAAACACAUGCAAAUCAGAUCAAAUGCAGAAUCAAUAGCAUUUUACAGAUCUGCUGGCUUAGAAAUGAGAAAAACCAACUCAAAAUUACAGUCACUUAUAAAAGUUCAGACCAGAAUUGUGACCUUUGAGAGCUUCCUUUUCUUCUCUAUAAAUAUGUUUGAUUAUGUGGGUGCAAUUCUCAGCUACCUUAUUAUAGCAAUUGCUUUGUUUGGAGGAAAGUUUGACAACAUGUCUACAACUGCUCUUGGUGGAGAGAUAAGUAGGAACUCAUUUUUUGCAAUGUACCUGAUAAACUGCUGCACAAAGCUGAUUGACUUGUCUGUAGAUGUUACCAAUAUGGCUGGAUAUGUUCACAGGAUAGGUCAGUUGUUGGAAGUUUUCUCCGACAUGAAAACUGAAACAGAGCAGAAGACCGAGGAACAUCCAGAACAUUUCGGUAGAGUUGAGAAUUUAGCUUCACAAGACAGUGAUGUUAUAUUCAAGUUCAGCUGUGUUUCCUAUGCUCCGCCAAAUUGCACAGAUGCUCUGGUCAAAGAUCUUGAUUUGGAGAUUCGCCAUGGCCAGAAUAUUCUCGUAACAGGAACCACUGGAAGUGGAAAGAGCUCUUUGUUUAGGAUCCUGAGCGGAAUGUGGGCUCCUCUUUCAGGAGAGGUUAUAAGGUUUUUACCUUUCGAUCCCAAAGUUGUCUUCUUCCUACCACAAAAGACUUUCGUUACGGAUGGUACACUACGACAACAGUUAACUUACCCUCGUGAAAAUCUUCUCCUUUAUGGAGGCCACUCUGAAGCAGGUGACGAAGACGAGAAACUUCUUGGAUUGCUCGACACUGUAGGGCUUGCAAAUCUCUGCAGCCGAGUGGGUGGCCUUGAUAGUCCUGUGGAAUGCAAGUGGGAGGACAUGCUGACUCCAGGAGAAAUGCAACGGUUAUCUUUCGCUCGUUUGUUCUAUCAAAGACCACAAGUAGCGCUCCUAGAUGAAGCUACAAGUGCCUUAGACACUUCCACGGAGAGCAAGCUGUAUUCGAUUUGCCAGGACUUUGGAAUCACUGUGUCAAGCGUUGGUCAUAGGAGAUCCCUCAGGCAGUUUCACGACUUUGAGUUGAACCUUGACGGAGAAGGAGGAUGGGAAUUCAAGAAAAUUGAAGAUUAGUGAAAUUUUGCAAGGAGGUCGAGAAGCAAAUUGAAUGUUGAAAGUAGUAAGGAUUUUAGUAGGUUUUGCCGUACCUGGCUUUGUGAUUGGAUGACAAAAGCAAUGCAGCUCACGCUUUCCCACGCUUUGCUGCUGAUCACGUGUAUUAGCUUUUCACUCAUUGGCUCACUGCUGUUUUCACGAUUUUUCAGAUAAAUCGCUACAUUUGUUUUGUAGUCACUCACAAAGGAGGGAAAUUUUAUAUUCUGCAGUCUGAGUAUGGGGGCGAGGUGCCGACCUAUUGUCUAAGAUUGCAACUUAAGUUUUAUAGAUUUCAUGUAGAAUUACAUUUCUGCUAUGUGUUCAUAGUAAAAGCUUUUAUAUUUGCAGUAACGAAUUAUGAAUGCGAAAUUUAGCAUUCCCUGCGUCACAAAAUUUGUUCGUUGGAGACAAUCCAGUAAGUUAUAAUAAUUCAGAGAAAUUUAUUCACAAUUCUACCUUUGAAUUAAAUCCAAAUACAAUUGUUAAUAUAUUUUGGAUAGAAUUAUUUCUAAUAUAUUGAUAUUUUUGUCUUAUAACCACUAAAAAAAAAAAAAAAAAAAAAAAAACAGACAGGUUCAGUGUACUUAUUCAACCGUCGUUUUUCUUCCUUAACCAGAACACUGAGCAGCGAGAUUGCGAUGAUAGUGCACGCUUGGAGUUUUAAACAAUCGCUAUCACUUUUACUGUUUCCCUUGUGUAGCUGCCUUUGAUGAAGUUCUUUGUGAAGGCUUCAACUUCCCUCGCGAUCGUGGUGAGAUUUGUGAUCAGUUGGUUCGUUGGGUUUAUUGGAAAAGUGAGAAUUUUAUUGGUUUUCUCGUGAUGAUUAUUCGCUGAUAGACUCAGGUGUGCGUGUCGCUUUUUCAAGUCGGGAAUGCCCGUAACUUUUUGUCCCCGAUGUUUCCAGGGAACAUACUGAGUCGACUGUCGGAAAAAAAGCGGGUGUAAUGAUACUACUCCUCGAUUGAAAUCGGUAGAUCGUCCAAUAAGAUAGGCUUAUUGGGAGGCAUUCGACCUCUUCAUCAAAAACUUAAUAUAUAACGUUAAUAAUAAAUACCAGAAGAUUGCUACCUGUAAUCUUCUGUCAAUAUGAAAUGAUGCAUGGUAAUUAAAAAUAUAUUUUUAUAUUAUUUAAAUAUAUAUUUCGUAAUAUAUCAUUUUUUCUAAAUUCAAUCUACAGCAUCUGUCAAGUUAUUUGAAAUCCUAAUUUUAAGUAAAUGAAAUGUAACGACGAUGAAAUGCAUCGUGGUGUAUAUUAACACUAUUGCAUUCAUUGAAUUUUGAGACGCUCUACAGGUCGACGUUUAAGUUCAGAGAGUUGCUUGUAAGCCUUAGUUAGUCAUGCAUUAAAAUUUAAAUUUAUUUGAA